AUGCAUCACUACUAUUCGAGGCAGAUGUUACUCAGCCUUUGCAAUUUAAAACAUAAGCCAUCUAGUGCUUUGUUUCAAUCACUGAACCGUCUUGGAAUAGCAUGCACUAAACCCCGUGGUUGUAGGGGUGGGCGUACUAACAAGUUGAGGCGUAUUACAACCCGUAUACAGCAGAGCUCUUCUACAAGUACAUUUACAAAUACCGACAGAGGUUGCAUUUCUAGUAAUUUGAUCAAGAUUGUUUGUAAUCAUAAUGGUAGCCGUGGAUGUCAUGAUCAACUGCCAACAUUUUUCUUUUGUAACCCGAGGUCGCUUAAUAACAAACUUAAUGAAUUAAGUGUUGUGUUGGAAUCCAAUAAUGUCGACGUCGCUGGAAUCGCCGAAUCUUUGUUCUCUGCUAACUUACCUCCUGAACUUUCGAACAUUGACGGGUAUUGUACUUUUCACAGGCCUAGAACCGAUAAACGUGGCGGUGGUGUGGCCCUGUAUGUUAAGAACAGCAUUAAAUGCAAGGUGCUUACCGACAUUUUUGUACCAGAUGACAUUGAAGCUCUAUGGGUCAGCGUGAGACCUUCCCGUCUACCCAGGUUCGUCACCAGUUUUGUGGUAGGUGUGAUUUACUAUCCGCCCAAUAGCCCUGUUGCUGAAAAACACAUUGAUCACUUGAGCUCUACGGUUGAUAGUGUUUUGUCCAAACACCCCGGUAGUGGUAUUUGUAUAGUUGGAGAUUUCAACCACCUCGACUUGAACUGUGUUCUAUCUAGUUCAAUUAAACAAGUGGUCAACAAACCUACACGAGGCAGUUCAAUUUUGGACAAAAUCCUUACCAACGUUAGUUCACAAUAUCUGCGCCCUGUCAUUUUGCCUCCUAUUGGACUGUCGGAUCACAAUUGUGUUCUUUUUAAACCCAAAGUAACUGCUACGAAAUCUAACUUUAUAAGAAAACACAUUGUGCGUCCCAUGCCGGACAGUAAGUUACGAGCAUAUGGGCAGUGGCUUUUUGAUUAUGAGUGGAUGGAAGUGUAUAACUUUUACCAAACCUUGCAUGAAUCAAUUGACAAGUAUUUUCCAAAACGUGUUGUUAAGCGCCAUCCCACCGAUAAACCGUGGAUGUCAUUGCAAAUUAAAGCACUUAUUGCCAAGAGACAAAAAGCAUUCGCAAACAAUCAUUAUCACCUUUGGCGUCAACUAAGAAACAAGAUUAAUCGUCUAAUUAGAGAAGCAAAAAAUCUAUCUUAUGUUAAUAAGAUUCAGCAUCUCAAACGAUCCUCACCAAGUGAAUGGUAUAAAAAUAUACGUGUUAUGACUGGUCAAAGUUCACAGAAAGAAUUAGCAGUUCCUAAUUGCAACAAUCACAUGGAGACUGGUAACGCUGUUUGUACUCACCUUAGCAGCAUAGGUAAAAAUCUUAAACCACUAGACAGACUAUCCCUACCGGUGUUUUUGCCUGCGGCUGAACCCCGAUACAUUCAACCAUGGAAUGUCGUCAGAAUCAUCAAUAAACUGAAUACAAGGAAGGCUGGUGGUCCAGACAUGAUUUCUGCUCGAUUCAUUAAAACAUUCUCAUAUGAAUUGGCCGAACCUCUAUCAUGUAUUAUUAAUGCGUCUUACCGUGCGCUUGAGGUGCCCAGUGAAUGGAAACGUGCCCAUGUAGUUAUCAUCACUAAGGAUCCGAAGCUUCCAGCUACACUUGAUAAUAUACGACCUAUUGCCCUUACCGACUUUUUUGCAAAAAUUGCGGAACACUUUGUGGCAAGAGAUACAUUGAAAGAAAUGAAUACCAUGCUUGACCCGAUGCAGUUUGGGAAUCAGCGAAAAGUGUCUACAUCUCAUUGCUUAAUUAGUCUUAUGGACUCGCUAUAUCGGCAUGCUGAAAUUCCUUCCACUGUGUCUUCCAUUUUGUUCACUGAUUUUUCAAAAGCCUUCGACUUAGUUGAUCAUACGAUUGCGGUUUCCAGACUAAUAAAUAUGAACGUUUCACCUACCAAUGUUGCUUGGAUUGCUGACUUUCUCAGCAACAGACAUUAUCAAGUCAAGUACAGGGGUCACUUUUCUGAUAGAUGUAUUGUCAAUUUUGGUGUCCCUCAAGGGACCAAAAUUGGUCCCGUCGUCUUCUGUGCAAUGAUUAAUAAUGUCUUUCCCCUGAAAAUGCUCCUGUUAAACAUGUGCAACUGCGCUACAUGA